AUGUUCACCGUCCAGCAGCGCCCGCGAACACUCCUCGCGUGUCUCGCCCUAUGCCUCGCCGUCCUCACUCCCGCGGCAUCCAACACCCCCUCGCCAGCCAUCCCACACAGCAACAGCAACAGCAACAGCAACAGCGACAGCAACAGCAAACGUGCCGACAGACCCACAUGUCUCGAGUCCUCCCUCGCGCUAACGAACCUGACCAUCACGGCGGCCGAGAUUGUGCGCGGCAACCCGUUCGCGCACGAGGCGACGACGGUCACGUUCCGCCUCGCCAACGCCGCCGCCGCCGUCGACGCGAACUGUUCCGCGUCCGACGUGGCACUGACUGCCCAGGCCGUCGGCAGCGACCCGUACAAGUGGUAUGAUUGCGCGGUAAAGGCGGAGGCGGGAGCGAGUGGGGGGGAGGUGGGCGGCGCUCCGGCGGCGCGCUUCCGCUACGACGGUACCCUGCUGCAGCUUACGGUGAAUGAGACGUGGGUGUGCCAUGAUCCGGACACGGGGACGCCGCUCUUCAUCCAGGCGUACUCGUUCAACGACUUCUCAGUCCCCUGCAACGAGACUGCCGGCGGCACCUUUGGCCAGGGCACGUGCAGGCAGCCGGCCGGCUCCAACAUCUACUUCCCUGUCGACGUGACGGCGAGGAGCCUGGAGGGGUAA